AUGUUACAUUUGGCAUCUAAUUCACUGAAAAAACAAAGAUUCAAACAAUUUACUAUCCAAUUUAUCCCCCAAAAUCAUAGAAGUUCACAGAUACAAACAAACGCUAAUACUACCAAUCCUUAUGUUAAUUUUGACAAUUUACCAAAAGCUGGUAUAUUUAAUCCAAAUUAUUUAAAAAAAGUUUCAGUUUUGCCUUUUAAAUAUGAUCUAGACCAAUGUUCUAAGGAAGCAUUAAAAGAGAGAUCCUAUAAAAAUUUAAGCACAGCGAAAAUUUAUAUGCCUUGCUGGUACUAUUCAAUGCUAAUCUGUGUUAAAUUUAUAUGUUAUGAAACGAACCGCGCGGCAAUUCUUUAUGAGGGCGAAGCUCAUAUCCUCACAUCUGAAAUACCUUCUUGUGUCAUAGGAAAUUUACAUGCUUUUCAAUUAGGACACACAAUACGAAUAUAUCAGAAAUUAAUUGAAAAAGUUACUCUAGGAAGGUUGAUUUCAACAGUUUUCCCAAAAAUAAAAAGCUUGAAACCAAAAUAUAACUUCGAUUGGAUAAAAGAUUUACAACCAAUCAACCCACAAAUUUUUGCUGAAAUUGAUGUUGUGGACUUCACCUAUAAUCUCCCAUAUUUUACUCGAUUGUUAUUUGAUCAUUCAAAAGAUAAAUUCAAAAAAAUCAAAUCAAUGACUAUUGAUGAUUUUGUCAUGGAUGUGGAAAAUAUUGAUGUGGAAUUUCAACAAUUUUUUCCUGUCUAUCAUCCUGUCUACGUAUUUACAGAGGCAUCUUCUACAGAUAAAAGCUAUCAAGUUGUUGAUGCUUACAAUUGUCAAUUAAUUGAUCCAUCAGUAAGCAAUUUUGACUCUAUAAAGUACUCUCUUGGUUUUGGCCUUCCUGAUAGAUUUUUAUUUGGUGCAUAUUUCUUAAAUAUGCUUGAUAAGAUUGAUGAUAAUUUUAAUGACAUUGUAACAAAUGCAGAGAAUCAUUAUAUGUUGCCAAUCAAUUGGGAUUUGGGUAUCAUUCAACCUUUCAGAGAAAGGUUUGAAGCAAAUCAGCAAUUUUUGGAAAUUGUUGAAAAAUAUUAUGGAUUAUUAUCAGAAUUGAAAGCUCUAUAUUAUAAUAAUGGUUCAUACAAACCAAGUUAUUGUAGGAAUUUUGAUGAUUGGAUCAGUUAUAUUAAUAUGACUAAUGGAUGGAAAGAAAUUUAUAAAAAAUUAAAGAUUCCUUCAGAUCUGCCUAGUUUGUCUGUUUUCUCGCAAUACUUUUAUACUGUAAAAUCUGGAUUUUUCCAAUCAGUAAAUGCAAGUGGUAUAAAAGAAAAAUUACAUAAAUUUGAUCAUAAAUUUUCAUUAAAAAAUAAAUUCCCUGGAUCAACUUCUACUCCAUAUCUUGGAGUGAAUCUUGGUAGAGUGAAUCUUGAUGGAGUGAAUCCUGGUAGAGUGAAUCUCGAUGGGGUGAAUCCUGGCCCAAUAAUAUCUGAUCCUAAAGGAUAUUAUAAAAUACUUAAAAUAGAUUUAUCAUUAUAUAGAACUAUUCCUGAAGAUCUAGUGAUUGAAUUAAACUUCAAAAAAACAUAUGCAGAAAUUCUGCAACAAUCUAAUGAUCCAAAUAUUGCUGAAGAAGAGAAGCAAAGAAAAACUGAACAGCUUAGAAAGAUUUUGGAAGCUAGAAAUAAAUUAAAAACAUCUGAAUUGCGUAUAAAAUAUAGUGAAUUAAAAUUAAAUUGGAAAUUUUAG